CUCUUCUCUUCUUCUCAUCCCCAAACAAGUCUCCUCUUCUCUCUUUCGCUCUCAAUAGAAAUGCAAAAACAUCACAAAGAAAUAUUAUCUCUCUUCGUGUAUAUGAAAUCACAGAAAAUGGAGCAAAGUAAUCUACCAGUCAUGGCAAAAAGAUUAUGGGAAACUGUACGUGUUAUUUUCUUCAUGCUAAGGAAAGGCAUAUCCACAAAGAGAAAACUUCUUGUUGAUCUUAACAUGAUGCUUAAACGUGGCAACAAGAUUGCAUCUAAAGCUAUUGGCAACCUCAUGUUCCACCACCACGACAACCACUGCCACCACCACUCCCAUGACCUCUCAUUCUCCGCUCCACCACAUGAGUACGAGUUCAGCUGCAGUAACACCCCGAUGUACACACUUCCUUUCCAUGCCAACAAGCGCCGACACCAUCACAACAACCACCACCAGUAUAACAACUUCUUUUCUUGUGCAUUUAACGCUCCGCCUACCCUUGACGAUGAUGUUACAACCAUGAAUGCGGUGAAGCUUGCUCUGGAGAUGUUAAAUAAUAACAACAAUGAGACUGCGGUGGAGGCACCGUCCCCUAUGUUGCCAGGGUUCGGUCGGAGUCCAAUGGUAAGGCAGUUGAGGAUAACAGACUCGCCGUUUCCAUUGAGAGAUGACGACUAUGAUAAUGGAAUUGUGGACAAGAAAGCUGAAGAGUUUAUAGAGAAGUUUUAUAAGGAACUAAGGCAGCAGCAAAAGGAAACGAUAUAUGAUCGUCGCUAAAUUAGAGUGUCAUUAUAUAUAAUUAAGGUUUGUUUGGGUACGUACUACUAAUUGUUUGUUGUUUGUCGCUGUUGUGGACAAAACAAUUUGCAUAAAGAGUCCAUUAUAUAAGGAUUUUCAGUUUUUGUUAUGUUACUUAUUGAAGAAGAAGGAUAGAAUUAAGCCAAAAAAAAUAUAUAAAUGAGGUGUAUAUUACGGAGAAUUAUAAGUUGAGCCUUCUGUUAUAUAUAUAUAUUUUCUCUUUAUUUUACAA